AUGGCUCGUUUCCUGAAGACUUUCUUCAAAUUCCUUCCCGUCGAAGGCCAAGUCAACUUGGCCGAGGGUGCGAAUGGGCCGAUGAUAGCCACUGGUGGAAAAAUGCCUGUUUUAGACUUGCGUGCAGAAUGCAUGCAGCGCGAUAAUCACCGAUGCGUACUGACAAAGUACUGGGACUUCAAAUACCAUGACCAGCCGCCUGGCUCACCUACCACCAGCCUCGAGGCCGCUCACAUCAUCCCAUUUGCCAUGGAAACCUUUCUGGAAGAUGAACGAUUCAAGAAUGCAGCCGUAUGGGAAUUUAUGUACCGCUAUUUCCCAACCAUUCAGGAGGGUUGUUACAUCAAUCGCCACGAGAAUGUGAUGAUGCUGGAUGCAGUCUUACAUCAAGAGUUCAGUCGCUUCUCAUUCAUUCUAGAGGCGACCAAUGUUCCUAGUCGCUACCGCACGAAGAUUUUUCCCGACUUUGUAUACAGCGGGUACCGCUACAUCAUACCCGAGUUCGUGAACAUACUCAGUCACGACGGCCGGUACCCCGCCCCCAGCAAGCGUUUGCUCGAUGUUCACGCAGCCAUCGGCAAUAUCCUACACGCGACUGGGCGGGCAGAGGUGAUCGCGAAGACGAUAAACGAACUCGGAGACAGUAGCGGCCAGGCUCUGGCGAAGGACGGUAGCACCAACGUGGAAGAAAUGCUUUCUGUAUCCGCUCUUUCUUUAUUGGCAAUGAAUCAGGUGGCAGUAGAAGGUGAUUAG